AUGGAUGAAGCCCCCAAGUUGGGAAUAUACAUCGGGUCUGCCAGAGAUGUGACCUGUCCUGGAGACCACGUCACGUACGAGUUUGUCCUUUACGACACUCGUAGAUGUACCUUGGAGUGCAUUCCGCAGCUGAACUUCUUCGAGGGCGGUCAGCCGCCGUGGCGGUGUGAAGGCAACUACGAGGUGGAGGAUGGCGAGAUCGUCAUGGAAGUCACCAAGCAAGACGUGAGAGGACCGCGCCGUGACACCGAUGUGCGGCUGGAAAUGCCUGCCGGGUCCAGCGGUAGUGAGUUCGUUUUCAGAACUUCUCGUCUUGGCUGGGUGCGCCCUCCUCCUGCCCUGCCAUCGCAGGAUCCCGUGAAACUCAAGAAGGCGCAGCUUCAGAAGGAGGAGGAGGAGGCAGCAAAGCGAAAGACGGAGCUUGAAGCGCAACGCGAGGAGCUUGAUCGAGAGCGGUUGAGACAAGAAGAGCAGGCUAACCGGGAGAAGGUGCAGCUGGAACAGCUGCGGGAGGAGCUCCGGCAGCAACAGGCCGCUCAGGAGGCACAAGCAGCACAGAGACGGGAGGAGCUAGAGAGGCAGAAGGAAGAACUGCGGCGAAUGGAAGAGGAGAAGCAAGCACUGUUAGCAAAGCGCUCGGUGGAGGAGCAACAACGCAGAGAAGAUUCAGAGCGCGAGUCGCAGCGUGUUCAGGAGGAGCUACGACGGCAGCGCGAGGAGUUAAAGGCGCUGGAGGAGGAACGUCAGGAGUUGGCGCAGCGAGAAGAACAAGAGAUGCAGCGUCGGAAGCAGGAAGGGGAGCAGGAGACGCAGCGCCUCGCGGCAGAGGCUGAGAAGCAGCGCGCCGAACUACAGCGUCGGCGUGAGGAGCUGCAAGCAGUGGAGGCCGCGAGGGAAGAGGCACUGGCGAAGAAGAUGGAGGAGGAGCAGCGCUUCUCCGCAGAGCUACAGAGAUGGGCAGAGCAGCAGCAGGAGGCCCUUCGCCAGCAGCGCGAAGAGCUACGAGCUUUGGAGGCCGAGAGAGAGGAGAUCCUGCGCAGAAAGCUGGAAGAGCAGCACAAACUUCGCGAGGACGAAGAGGCCGAGGCUCAGCGGGCUGCGGAGGCACGACGACAGCGUGCUGCCGAAGCCGCGUCAGCGGAAGCGGAGAUCCAGCGAAAGCGCGAAGAGCUGGAGGCACUCGAGGCAGAGACAGACUCGGCCAGGAGGCAGAAAGAGGACGAAGAGCGGCGCCUUGAACAGGAACAGGCGGGGCACAGCUGCCAGCAAGAGCCUCCGGUUUACAGAGACCGAAACAUGAUUUCCCGGCAGUGGUUUGUCUUAGGGCGAGAGGUGAGAGACGGCAUCUGUUCUCCGAAGCCACUCCUGAUCAAGUUGCACCCAGAAUGCUUGUGCCCGACCGCACUAGACCUGUUCUGA